AUCACCAUCGGCCCACCGAGUAAAUGCCCGGUAUGCCUGAUGGCCAGUGCAGGUAUGGUCGUGCCAUCAGUUAACCCUUCGCGUGCCACAGCUGGUACGCGUGCCUAGGGUUGCCGACCCCUGGCCUAAAGUCUUAAAAUGCCACAGUUUCACUCACCGAAACUGAAUCUCACAUGUCCCUAAUAAAUCACACAGCAAGCCAUAUUAUGUUAUCUGUCAAAUGACUCCAUGAAAAAUUAUCUAAAAAGGCAAAAACACCAUUAAAAAAUCUAGUUCUGGCAGCCAGCUAUCAGAUAGAGCUUUGUGCAUCAGUACACCUGUACACCUCAAAGCAGCCACACUCCCAGCAUGAUUAUGCACCACUUCUACAACAAUUUUAAACAUCCUUUGUACACCUUAAUUCUUAAUAUGUAGUGUACAGGAUUCACUUUGCUCUGAAGCGAAAAAGCAGUUUCAGUUGGACUUAAUCUUCUUUAACUGAUGCCAACACAGCAAGAAAGUAAGCAGUUUAACUUCACUCUCUUGGAGGGGGUUAGUGCAUCAGUAUGCUUCACACAAAGUACUUGUCAAAUUGCGUAACAUUGCCUAAAACCUCCAGUGCAAAAUGGUUUUAAUUGGCUUGUAGAUUUACUUUCUCAAAAGAAUAGUGGUGUAAAUUACUCAAGCUGCUAAAUCUUUACCACUGUAACACCGUUUACCCAUGUGUGAGUGCACAUCCAAAGCUGGAGAAAACGAGACAGGAGGAAACUCAGAGCAUGUGCACGUAGGCAGCGCUGUUUAACUGCUUUGUGUGUGUGCGUGCGUCCUUGUGCAAGUGCGUGCAUGUGUGUGAUUUUAUAUAACACUUAGUUGCCUAUUCAGCAGCAAGAAUUAUUGGUUCUCAGCCAGACUGCCUCCUCCACACUCUCAGUUCCUUGCAGAUCUUAUCUUUCUUUUCACGUUGCAGUAAGACAAAUAAUUUUCACUUUCACUCGCAUCUAUGUGCCCUAAGCUUGUCAUGUGCCGUUUUCCAUAUGCCUUUGGCUUGCAAACAAAUGAAGGUGCAAUCCCACCUCUUGCACGCAUUGUCUUUAUGUUUUAUGCAAAAUUGCACAUACACAAAGAUAAAUAAAAGCUACUGCAAGAUUUUGUUGACUACCAAAUCAUGUUAUCAUCAUUGUUCCAGUUUGCCUGAGUGUACACUAGGUUUUGGGUUACGUAAUCUUUAUUUAUUUAUUUUAGUUCGUUCAGAUGCACAGCAUCUAGUGAUCCAGAAGACGGACAUUAAAGUGAUUGUCUUUUAUGCUGAUCAUGUAAAUCAGCAUCAAAAUGCUUUAUUCAUCACAGAGGCUUAGUCAAGUAUUAAACACUAGAUUAAAAUGGUUGAAUUUCAUAUGCAGUUUCCUGGCCAGAAAAAGUGAGAGAAAACUGUAAGAAAAUUACAAAAUAAAUAAAUAAAUAAAUGACUUCUGUUGCUGUCGCCCUAAUGUCCUAAAAUACCUCACAAUCAAAUCAAUUUCAACAGUUCUUAGAGUGUUAAUUUCAAACAAAUAGUUUUAGUUUCCUCUUGAGAAUUUUGGGUAGUCAACCCUAGCCUUCAGUAGCCACCCACAGCUGUAUUCCUGCGCUACACAUUUACAUUCCCAUCUUUUCAAACGCAACCUCACUGACAUCACCGAACAGCACCUCUCCUCUCCACAGAUGUGCUCUGGGCUGUCCUUGGAGAUUUCCCCAUGCAAACAAAGCUCUCCUCCCCUACGACUCUCUCUCUGUUUCCAGCCCCACUCUCUGCCUCCAUCCAUCUCAGCUGCUCUCUCCCCCCCACCUCACAAUUUCACACCAAUGAGCAUGCCGCAUGUAGCUCCCACUCACUGGCAUCAGAAACACUAGAUAUCUUCAGUGCUGAGCGGUACAGUUUCACACAAAUACACAACAGCAUUGGCUAGACGGAGGCUGCGUUCAGCCAAAAGGCACGUUGGGGAUAGGCAGUGAUAAAAAAGAGGGGGAGAAAGAGUCCAGCUGCUCUCUCACACCGGACUCAAGCAAGAUUUGCACCAUGAAGACCAGACUAGGCUGCCUGUCCCACAAAUCUGACUCCUACAAUGACUUCUCAGAAUUCCUGCCUCCAGCCCACGAAACCACAGCCAGGUGUCUGAAGCUAUCAACCGAUGAAGUUGUUCGAUGGUCUGAGUCGUUCGAUAGCCUCCUCACUCACAAGUAUGGGCUGGCAGCUUUCCGGACAUUUCUUAAGUCAGAAUUCAGUGAUGAGAAUAUUGAGUUUUGGAUGGCCUGUGAAGACUACAAAAAAAUCAAGAGCUCAGCUAAGCUGGUGUCAAAAGCAAACAAGAUAUUUAAGGAGUUUGUUGAGGUUCAGGCACCAAGAGAGAUUAACAUUGACUACCGUACCAGGGAGAGGACUAAGCAGAGCCUGGCGGAUCCCACCCCAACCAGCCUCAAUGAAGUCCAAGGUAAAAUCUACAGCCUCAUGGAGAAAGACUCCUACCCACGGUUUCUCAGGUCCAAGAUGUACCAGGAUAUAGUCAACAGGGCACAAGCGCGAGGACAACGAAGGUCUGUUUGACAAACAGUGGCAAUAAAACUGGACCUCUACUGUAGAUCAUUUAUCCUUUGAAAUCUCUUAAUACUGUGAAUCUGCAAGGAUGGGGUGACCUGCUUGACUGUUUCCUUUAUCAACACCAGCUCCAUGCAUGCAAUCCCUCUAGAUAAAACGUGUCUCUGUGGACUGCAAUAUACAGUACAAUGAGUGUGGAUGAUUAUAAGCUAAUGGUUUGCUGAGCAAUCUGUCUGAAAUAUCAAAAUAAAAGUACAGUAUCAUGCAAUAAUGAUAGUUAUCACAAUAUUUGCUAUGUUUUGUUAGUUCUUUAGCUAUGUAAGUAAUUUAUUGUUAUAUCAGUCAUGCACUAUGUGAUUAUAGCCCAAAUAUUCAUGUUUGGGCUAUAAACUCAAAUAAAAGACUCAAAUAAAGACUGGUAAGUGGUAGUUUGAAUUGAUAUAUGCAUUUCUGUAGUAAAGAAACUUUACAGUCAAUAAAGAAAUCAAAUGAGUUGUAAUCAAAUAGUCCUGAAAGCAAAAUGUGUGAUAAACAGCCCUUUAUGGUAAUCACCAUGUCCUUAGACUUGAGAGACCAGACACCAAACUUCAUAUCACAGCAAGCGGUUGGAUUAUGAACAACAACAUAUCUGUGUGUGUGUGUGUGUGUGUGUGUGUGUGUGUGUGUGUGUGUGUGUGUGUGUGUGUGUGUGUGACUGAUUACUGUGGUUGUGCAUUGUGAAUUUUCAACAUCCUAACAGUGAACAUUCUGCAACCUGAAUCUGAAGCUUUUUGGCCUUGCCAACACUAUUUUUUCUCACCAACUGCCUACUUCCCAAAUUUGACUUGUCCAGUCCAAGUAGUCAUGAUGUGACCACUUGGACUGAUCUGCAAAAAGCAGAGGCGGUGAAGAGGUGUGCGGAAUUCUAGCCAAACUAAAACUGAGUUAUUAUUCUUUUUAUUUUUAUAACUACAUUUUCUUUCUCUCCUUCUUUUUGUUGGUAGAGUCAGAAAUUUGUGAUCGCACCUUCUGUACCUCUGUGACUGCAGUUGGUCAGGAAUUUGUACAUUUUCAGAGCAAAAUAAAUAAUUUUUCUGGUUGUGGCCCGUUCACAUUCUUUUAUUGUAUCUUUUAGAUAUAUUGCAACCAGUAACUCUUCUUAACCUGAAUGGUUAUUACACAUAGAAACCAGGUGUUGGUUUAAGCAACACAUUUUAAAUACUCCUUGGUUGAAAUAGAUAACGUUUUCCUGGAUAAUAAACACCACAGGUUUUAUAAAAGUCACUGGGUGGCCUACAUGUUAUAUGUUGUUUUCCAACUUAUGCAUCUACCCCAACCCUCUCUCUGUGGACUUUGCAGCCCUGCAUCACCCUUCUUAUUUGCUUUCAUUAUAUUACUCUGCCAAGUAGAGGGUGCUAUCACAAUAAAACAUGGGUCACAGCAAGCAGCACACAUCUUGUGCAGGGUGUCUUUUUCAAUAGGAAGAGUGUGUCUCUGCUUUAUUUUCUCUCUUUUCAAAGAGUACACUGGAUUUACUUUGCAAUGAAUAUAUGAACUAUAUUGUGGUAAUUAUCAUUAUUGCUUUAUUGCUCAGCCCUGCCACUACUUGUCUUACCUUCUCUGUGAAAUAGACACUGUUGUAUGCAGGUAAUUAUACCUGUUGUGGUAGUUUGUGUGUUUACAAUGAACAACUAAGUGAGUGACCACUUAAUAGCUGAAACUGUGCCAAAAUAAUCAAUUGCACUUUGAUGUUGUUAUUGCAUAAUACUGUGUAUCUAUACUGCAGGUAAUCUGUCAGCUCAUUUCACUCAGUUCAACAGGCAGACGUUAGCUUUCACUUCUUUUCUAAAUGAUGAAAAUGGUUUAGGCAGUCAAAGAUUCCUGGAUGAAAUUCUCUUCAUUAUUUCUGAUGAUUUGGUGGGUUUAACAUAUGUCACUGAACUGUCAUGAGUUUUUUAUGGAUUAUCGACUACCAAAACAGUUUCCAAGCAGAGUUAAAGAGUAAUUUAAAUCCUAUUCUAAAAUGGAUUGAUGCCUAAUUAACCAAAACAUGCAGCAUAAACAGCAGACGCUCCAUCAAGGUUAAAAUGAAAUACAUCGUUCUGCUGACACUCUUCCACUGAAUUCCAUCCAAUCUUUUCUGAAAAUAGUUUUCUGCAUGAUGCAAUACUCAGAUUUACUGUUUAUAUAUUCUUAAACAUGUACAGUAUGUUAAACAAAUACUGCAGAUAACUUUAUUUAUAAUAUGUCAGUGUGGUCCUUCAGCAUUUGAUGUGUUUCUGCAUUAGAUAUGCUCCUUAACUUACCAAUCCUUUAAAUGAAUUAAAUGCAAAACUUUCCUGAGCACUUAAAGAGUGGUAAAUAUUUUCUUUAGUGCAUGUGUACCACAUAGGCCAGCCUGUUUGAAAUGCCAGAAAAUGGAUAAAGAUUUUAAAAAAAGCAUACUGCCAUAUAUGGUAUGUUACUGUGCUCCACAUGAAUGUAAUCUCCCUCUUCUUCUUUUUGCAUUAAAAAAAAUAAUCUGUAUUUAUUGUUGCACUGUGUGACUUCAUUCUCAUUAUACCAAAAAGGUAUUAGAGUUAUGAAAAUGCACUCAUCCACUGAUCAGACACGCAGACAGACGGG